AGUACGCUGUAAUGUUUGGUGACGGACGCGAUGUCAUUCUUCUGCAUGGAUUACGGUAAGUAAAUAGUGACGUAGAGACACACCUUCGCUCACGCGCUUGGCGCUAGUUGCCAUGGAAGGUCAUCAAGUGCAAAACCGGUUGAGGCAACAACACCCUGCGCAAAGACAUUACACCUGCCGGUGAGUACGGAAUGAAAUACGGACCCCUGAGGUUCAAGAGACAACGAUUAGGAAACCGCCAUCAGUGACUGAUUGCUGUUUACGGGUAUGACGUAACAUGGUAUCCUCAGCGUCCUCUUCUCUGUUACUGCGCUGCGGGUGCACUAUGUUUUUACAGCGGGAAGAGUGAGGGAGAGAGUGAUUAAGUCUGUCAGAUUCAGUAUGUCUGCAUGGGUGCAGCAGGAGGCUGGUACAACCAGUUCUGCUGAAGCCAAGAAAUUAGAGCCCAGAGGCCAGGAGAAGAAAUGCUCAUGGGCGUCUUACAUGACAAACUCCCCCACCAUGAUUGUCAUGAUCGGCCUCCCUGCCAGAGGCAAGACGUAUAUGUCAAAGAAACUCACACGCUACCUCAACUGGAUAGGAGUUCCAACAAAGGUGUUUAACCUGGGGGUGUAUCGGAGGGAAGCAGUUAAAGCCUACAAGUCUUAUGACUUCUUCAGACAUGACAAUGAGGAAGCCAUGGAGAUACGAAAACAGUGUGCCUUGGUGGCCCUGGAAGAUGUAAAGACCUACCUUAAUGAGGAAGGUGGACAAAUAGCUGUAUUUGAUGCUACAAACACAACUCGGGAGAGGCGGGAUCUUAUAUUAGAUUUUAUACAGGAGAAUGCAUACAAGGUGUUUUUUGUGGAGUCAGUAUGUGACGAUCCAGAGGUUAUUGCAGCUAACAUCCUGGAUGUCAAGGUUUCAAGUCCAGACUAUCCAGAGACACACAGAGAGCGAGUCAUGGAUGAUUUCCUGAAACGCAUAGAAUGUUAUAAAGUCACUUACCAACCACUAGAUCCUGAUGAAUAUGACAAAGAUUUGUCCUUCAUUAAAGUGAUGAACGUGGGCCGUCGGUAUCUGGUGAACCGUGUUCAGGACUACAUCCAGAGCAAGAUCGUCUACUACCUCAUGAACAUCCACGUGCACUCGCACUCCAUCUACCUGUGCAGGCACGGAGAGAGCGAACACAACGUCCAGGGCCGCAUUGGAGGAGAUUCUGAACUCUCCCCCCGAGGGAGACAGUUUGCAAGUGCCCUGCGUGAGUUCAUUGAGGAGCAUAAGCUGUCUGACUUGAAGGUUUGGACCAGCCAGUUAAGAAGAACCAUCCAGACGGCUGAAGAGCUGGGAGUUCCGUAUGAACAGUGGAAAAUCCUCAAUGAGAUAGAUGCUGGUGUAUGUGAAGAGAUGACCUACGAAAUGAUCCAGAACACAUUCCCAGAAGAGUUUGCUUUAAGGGAUCAGGAUAAAUACCACUACAGAUACCCGGGAGGAGAGUCGUAUCAGGACCUGGUUCAGCGACUAGAGCCUGUGAUUAUGGAGCUUGAGAGACAAGGCAAUGUACUAGUCAUCUGCCACCAGGCAGUUAUGCGCUGCCUACUAGCCUAUUUCUUGGACAAGAGUGGAGAUGAUCUGCCCUAUUUGAAAUGUCCCCUUCAUACUGUCAUGAAGCUCACUCCGGUUGCUUAUGGCUGCAAAGUGGAGAUGUUUUAUCUGAAUGUGGAGGCAGUGAAUACACAUCGGGACCGACCACUGUCUCAUGUGAUUGGCAGUCAUCUGACUCCUUGUGUGAAGGAAUCAACUUUGACUGCCCAGACGAAGCUAAUGACUGUUUCCGCUUCUGAAUGAGAUGGACGAAUUUCCAAAAUCCUGCAUGAAAAUGAAACUUUGCUUUUAGAUUCUCCCACUCCCCACCUUCUGCUUGCUUUUUUGGUGACGGAACUACAUUUCCCAUCAGCCUCUUGCAUGACAAAUCACCACUGCUGUGGUGACUACAAUGAAUCCUAUAAUUUAUCAUCAAGAGAUAUACGUAUAUUGAUAACUUAAAUAUGCUCAGUUAUUUUAAGUGAUGAUGCCUUAUUGAAGAUGGAGCAGAGGAGACCCUCUCCAUGAACUGAAUGUGAUCUGUUAUACUUUGGACACGAUGUGGGUUGUGCAAAUGAUGAUAACCUCAGUACAGGGUUUGUGUUGCAAUACAGUGUUGUUUGCAACAAUGCAUUUUCACAAUCAUAACUAUUACAACACAUACUAGUCAGUCAUCCGAAUGAAGAAAAGCUUCUUUCAGGGAAUCAGUGGGACAGAGAUUAGAGGAAAAGUAUAUAUAUAUAUUAUAACAAGUAAGUUUGUGCACAUUGUGGCUUAAAAGGAAUGCACUUAAUGAGACAUUUUUAAUGACAAUGAAAUAUUUUUUUUUGUCUUGCACAUUUUCUUAAUAAGAAUGAUAGUCCUAUGGGAUAUUGUACAAAGUUCAAGCUUGUGAUGUAAUAUUUUUAUAGAAACGUAUUUGUGUGCAGCAUCAGGACAAAAUGACAAGGAUUUGUAGGUUGCCGUAUUUAAAUGAGGUGUAUUUUAUAGGUCAGGUCUCUGCUGGAGAUGCUACAAAUAUAGUUGUUUUAUUAAGGUUUUGAAUGUAGUCUGUGCUCUUUAAGCAAGAAAUGUUUUCUCUGGUUAUGUGUUUGUUUAAAAAACUGGAAUUACUAGCUUUACAAGUAUUUUUGUGUGAGGAGCUGCACUACUCAAAUACAAUUCACAUCUCAAUCAACAGCAUGUCAUCAACCAAUGACACUGCAUAAAACAGUUAAAUAAUGUGCCCUAUGACUAUCUUAUGGUUGAAUGUUUAAAGAAAAAAUGUCUCAAGUUCUGUAUCUGUCCACUAAUUCUUUCCAUUUUUUAAACAUAUUUAAUCAUGUUU